AUGGAGGGCUUCGUGCCUGCCGGCUUGCCGUGCUGCACAGGGGAGAAGAAGCUGCAAGGCAGCAGCAGCAGCAGCAGCAGCUGCUGCAGCUUUCCUUUUUCAGUGCUAUCUUCGCUGGUGGGCAGCAGGGAAGCAGCAGCAGCAGCACCAGCAGCAGCAGCAGCAGCAGCAGCAGCAGCAGAGACCAUGAUGGGCCCGCGACUCGACGAACACCACCGCAACCUGCAGGCCGUGCUGCAGUACCUGCAGCACUCGGGGUUUGCUGCUGCUGCUGCAGCACUGGAGACAGAGUCAGGAGUCUCCUGCAUUCCCCAUUUCUUUCAGUUCGCAGACACCUGGCUGCCGCAGCAGCAGCAGCAGCAGCAAGCAGCAGCAGCAGCAGCAGCAGCAGCAGCAGCAGAAGACGACGAGGAAGAACUCCUGCAGCAGCUGCUGCAGGGGGAGCCAGUUCUCACAGCAGCAAUGAGAGCCCUCGAGCAGCAAGCCAACGCCCUGCGCAGCAGCAGCAGCAAGAACAGCAAAGUUGCUGCUGCUGCUGCUGCAGCAAAAGCAGCAGCAGCUUCUUCGAUUCCGGAUUUGAUGGGAGCGUAUGAGUUGCUGCCGCCUAUCAACGGCUUCCAAGUCCUGCCUCCACAAACGCAGCAGCAGCAACAGCAGCAGCAGCAGCAGCAGCAGCAGCAGCAGCAGCAGCAGCAGCAGCAGCAGUAG